AUGCCUCCACGCCCUCGUCCCUCCGCUCGGCGUUCGAGCCAGGCCCCCUCCGAGACAUCGGGUUCGACGUCACCGGAACGCGCGGCAGACGAUGAUACCGAUUUCUUCAUGGCCCAAACUAACGACUCAGAGUCAUCGAUUGGCGUUGCGACAUUUCGUGACCUUCAUAUGAACAACACUCGAUCGGCCCCGUUGCCACCAAUCGGCCGCUUGCCGCCCGAGAUCUUGAUCGCCAUCUUCUCGAAGCUGGCGGCGCCUAAGGACAUGCUCAACAGCAUGUUGGUCUGUCGGAGCUGGGCUGCAAACUGUGUGGGAAUCUUGUGGCAUCGCCCGUCAUGCAACAACUGGGAUAAUCUGAAAAGCGUCGCAUCAUCCGUGGGGAAACCCGACAGUCUGUUCGCCUAUGCGGACUUGAUCAAACGGCUCAAUCUAUCUGCCCUGACCGAGGAUGUCAGUGAUGGCACCGUUGUGCCAUUUGCGCAGUGCAAGCGCGUCGAGAGACUGACCUUGACAAAUUGCUCAAAACUCACGGACAAGGGUGUAUCGGAUCUAGUCGAGGGCAACCGACACCUCCAGGCUCUGGAUGUUUCCGACCUGGCGUCAUUGACCGACCACACUCUCUACACAGUCGCUCGCAAUUGCCCGCGUUUGCAAGGUCUGAACAUAACGGGAUGCUCCAACGUUACGGAUGAGUCGCUGCUGGUUGUCUCGCAAAACUGUCGGCAGAUCAAGAGGCUCAAAUUGAAUGGAGUUUCUGAAGUCACCGACCGCUCAAUCCAAUCCUUUGCUGAGAAUUGUCCUGCCAUUUUGGAGAUCGACCUGCACGAUUGCAAGUUGGUGACCAGUGCGUCCGUGACCGCUCUUCUCACCACGCUGCGUCAUCUUCGCGAGCUACGCCUGGCGCACUGCGUGGAGGUCAAUGACUCGGCCUUCCUCAAACUGCCUGAGCACCUCACGUUUGAUAGCAUGCGUAUUCUCGAUUUGACCGCGUGCGAUCAGGUCAAGGAUGAUGCAGUGGAGCGCAUCAUCAACGCAUCCCCACGCCUACGAAAUCUUGUCUUGGCUAAAUGUCGCUUCAUCACUGAUCGCUCCGUGGCGGCCAUCUGCAAGCUGGGCAAAAACCUGCAUUAUGUGCAUCUGGGUCACUGCUCCCAAAUCACUGACAGCGCCGUGAUCCAGUUGAUCAAGUCGUGCAAUCGCAUUCGUUACAUUGACUUGGCCUGCUGCAACAGCUUAACCGAUGUCAGUGUCAAGCAACUGGCCACUUUGCCCAAACUCCGUCGUAUCGGCCUUGUCAAUGCCAGUCUAUCACCAAUGAAAGUAUUCUGGCGCUCGCUCAUCCUCCGCGGUCCAGCCACCCGAUGUGUUCUUCCCGGGCUCCUUCUCUUCUUGAAACCUGCUCUUGUCAUGCUGACCAAACUCCGCCAGGGCAUUCGCCCUUUGAUUAAUAACUGCCCCCGUCUGACCCAUUUGAGCUUGACCGGCGUACCGGCAUUCCUGCGCGAUAACCUCACCGCGUUUUGCCGAGAAGCCCCGCCCGAGUUUACUCCCCAACAGCGCGAUGUUUUCUGCGUCUUCAGUGGCGAGGGCACCGAGGCCACCAUGUACGACGAUGACGAGGAACUGGACGAAGACGUGGGGCAAACGACUGGCCUCAUGCACGCCACUGGCAUCAACGACGAGGACUACAUGGACGUCCCCCCUCAAUGA